AUGCCGCUGGUCGUCCUCUGCGGGCUGCCGGGGAGCGGCAAGACCCGGCGCGCCGAAGAGCUGAAGGCGGCGCUGAGCGCCGAGGAGGCCUCAGAGCGGCGCGUCUUCGUGGUGGCCGAGGCCGACUUGGGCGGCGGGGACGGCGUCGCCCGGGCUGCUCUGAGGGCGGAGGCCGAGCGCCUGCUGAGCCGCCGCGACGUGGUGCUGGUGGACUCGGGCGCCGAGCUGAAGAGCUUCCGCUACGAGCUGUACUGCCUCAGCAAGCACGCGGGGACGCCGCACUGCGUGCUCCUGUGCCCGGGAGGCGCCGCCCGCCCGGACCGGCCUCCCUUGGAGCCGCCCGACUCGCGCCACCGCUGGGACUGGCCGCUCUUCGUGGCGCCCGCCGACCCCGCCGAGCCGCUGCCUUGGCCCGAGAUCCGCGCCGCCCUCUUCGAGCGCCGCCCGCCGCCGCCCAACCAGUCCACGCGCUCGCAGCCCCUGCAGGCCGCCGGCUUCCUGCACCGCCUCGACCGCCUCACGCAGGACGUGCUGGCCGCCCUCAUGGCCGCCCAGAGGAACGGAGCCCAGCCGGGGCAGUUCGUGCCGCUCGCGGUGGACGGGCUGUCGCAGGCCGGCGGCGGGGAGCCUCCGGGGCUGCUGCUGACCCGGCCCGUCAGCCUGGCGGAGCUGAGCCGGCUCCGGAGGCAGUUCCUCAGCUACGCCAAGAUGCACCCGGGUGAAGGCGAGGGCGACCUGCCGCAGCUUGGAAGCAUGUUCCUGCAGUACCUGGGCCGCAACCUCCAGUGA